CAAAAUGGCUUCUGAACUGAAGGCCACGCCUUCCAACUGAUAACUGCCAAAAGAACCACGAGGCUCAAAAUGGCGAUUUUUGCCCCAACGGGAGCUCUGCCGGCUGAGGUAAAUAGUGGAGUGGUCAGAAAAGGCGUGAAUCUACGCGUUGGGCCCCCCCGGACAGCGCGGCUUUCCCUAGCGACUCUGGGUUGCCGCGGGCUAAACAAUGCAGCCAAAAACCCAAGGAGGGGGGUGUUUCUGAAGUUAUUUGGAGAUCUUUUGCCUCCCUGUAUUGCCCUCUGGAGAACUGCGGCUCUAACGGCUGUUCGGGCCUCGGAGCCUUGCGCGCCUCAGCUGAUCAGAAAGAGGAGCGCGGCAAGCGCUCCCAACAACUCCGGCUGUUCCCCGCAACUAAGGCCCAUUGUUAAGUAACUGUGGCCUGUCGUUAGUACUUUCGUGGGAUACUCUCACCACUCUGCGGAAAAAAGCCCUCAGGGAACGGAGAUCUGUCGGGCGGCUCAGAGCUCCGAGCCAGAAGUUGAGAUCGACUCCCUGUGAAUUCUUUGGCCAAUUUUGCAAUUUGGCAGAGAGAGAAGAGGAUUUUAUCUCUAAUUUUGCAGUUAUGUCAGGAGCUAAAUUCUUUGCUGUUAACGGGCUUGAGACUAAGUCAAAACUGGAGUCACGCCCAAAGGAGGGGUGUGGCCAAAAGUUUGACCUAGUCUGUCGGGCAGGAAGGCUGUCAUGAAACACAUCCAGUGGACUCUACAGCCAUCCUGCUGGAGAAAAGCUGUUACUAAUAAAGACUAUUGUGUUCAAGAUGAGCCUCCUCACUCUUCAUUACUCUCAGGACAUAACAAGAGGUGCACGAUGGACGCGUCUUUCAGUUCCUGGGGUAUGGAACCUUGUUUCCAAAAAGAUCAGAACAAUUGGGAGAAGACCAACAGCCACAGAAUGUCUUCAGUCUUCAUGGCUGCAGGAGACCGGCUUGGACGAACACCAACAAGCCACGGUGACCUUCUCCACCACCAAGCUGAGAAAUUUUGUGGCCGAACGUGAAAGGAAAAGAGUCCUCCUCUCUUCAAAGUAUGGUGUGACGGCUGUGUAGCCAACAAAGCCACCCUCACACAAUCUCUUUCUGGCUUUCUGUGGCUCCCCGCUAAGCAGCACAUUGCCGAGCAUUCAGAAGUGUGCAGGCUGAGACAUUUAUUAGGAUCACGGAAGAGGCCACAGCCACAACAGAGGGAUGCAUUUUAUUUAUUUUACUAGCUGUACCUAGCCACGUGUUGCUGUGGCUCAGUCUGGUUAAAUGGAAAAGAAAGAAAAGAG